ACUCUGUGCGCCUCGUCGUAUCUGAUAUAAAUUCCGAGAGUAACAGCGUACUUCCCUCCGAUCUCUCCCUCUCUCUCCGGUCUAGGGUUUUCUGAUUCAGCUAUACAAACUCUCUCAUUGAAUUCAAAUUCUCCAUCUUCCAUUGUUCUGGUAUUCGAUUGUGUUCUGAUUACUCACCAAAUUCGAUAUGUAAGUGUGUGUUUAUGUAGCUUACAAUUGGGAAUUUUGAUUUGGAUUUUGGGAAUAAAUUUGCUGCGUCAGGGUUUUGAUCAGAGGGAAUUUGGAAGGGACAUAGUGGAAUUUGGGUUUUCUGUGGUUGUGGUAGAUUGUUUGGUGCUCGAGAAUUUGCUCAGCUAUGGCUUCAUACAGGCCAUUUCCUCCCCAAUCGUCAUUUGCGCCAGCACCGAAUCAAAACCCUCUACCGCCAGCACCACCGCCACCGCAACAGCGAGGCAGUCAGUAUAACCAGAAUUGGGGGUAUAAUGCUAGUAGUGGUGGUUCUAGUGGCGGCGAUGGUGCUGUGCCGGCGGCUCCUUCUUCGUAUCCGCCAAAUUACAAUUACCAACAUAGUAGUUAUGGCCCUCCAAGAACUCAACACCCUCAUCCACCACCACAAUACAACUACCAACCACCGCCUCCGCCACCACCCGAGCCUUCAUACCCACAGCCACCGCCCCCUCAAGCUCCUCAAGCAGCACAAAAUAAAAUGCCCUUACAGCCUCCACAAGCCCCUAUAUAUUACCAGAAUUCUCAGUAUUCACAGUAUAGUCACCAGCCAAUCCAGCCUUCGCAGCAGCCACCGCCUCCUCCCCCACCACCUUUGUCCCCCAAUUCCUCGGUGCCACCACCACCUCCUCCCCCCGGUUCGCCUCCACCACCGCCUCCUCAAAGUAAGGACAGCGGGGUAGAUAGGAGAUCCCAUGACAAAGGGGCUUCUAGGGAGGCAUCAGUGUCCAGAAGGCGUGAACAUGGGCAUUUGAAUCAUGGGGUUCCUCCAAAACAGCAGAAGCCCCCAGUUCCUUCAGUGCCAGUGAAGAAAGCAAAUGGGCCGCCAGGGAGAGUGGAAACAGAGGAAGAGAGGAGAUUAAGGAAGAAGAGGGAGUUUGAAAAGCAAAGGCAAGAAGAGAAGCAUAAGCAGCAGCUGAAGGAUUCCCAAAACUCAGUUUUGCAGAAGACGCAAAUGUUGUCUUCUGGCAAGGGACAUGGAUCCAUUGUGGGGUCGCGAAUGGGUGAAAGGAGAGCUACUCCAUUCUUGAGUGGUGAGAGGACUGAAAAUAGGCUAAAGAAGCCAACAACAUUCGUAUGCAAGUUGAAAUUCCGGAAUGAACUUCCAGAUCCAAGUGCACAGCCAAAGCUUAUGUCUUUGAAGAAAGAGAACGAUCAGUAUACAAAAUACACAAUAACGUCGUUGGAGAAAACAUACAAGCCCAAGCUUUUUGUUGAGCCAGAUCUUGGGAUUCCUCUUGACCUACUCGACCUCAGUGUAUAUAAUCCUCCUCCUCCAAGUGUUAGACUACCACUCGCUUUGGAAGAUGAGGAAUUAUUGCGGGAUGAUGUUGCAGUGACCCCUGUGAAAAAGGAUGGCAUCAGGAGAAAAGAGCGGCCUACUGAUAAAGGAGUUGCAUGGCUGGUUAAAACCCAGUAUAUAUCUCCUCUUAGCAUGGAGUCUGCAAGACAGUCUUUAACUGAAAAACAAGCAAAAGAACUGCGGGAAAUGAAGGGCCGCAACAUUUUGGAAAACCUCAAUGACAGGGAAAGACAAAUCAAGGAAAUUGAGGCAUCAUUUGAGGCCUGCAAGUCACGCCCUGUUCAUGCAACCAACAAGAAUUUGUACGCUGAAGAAGUUCUACCUCUGUUGCCUGAUUUUGACCGGUACGACGACCAAUUUGUCCUUGCAGCAUUUGAUGGUGCUCCUACUGCUGAUUCAGAAAUUUACAGCAAGUUGGACCAGUCUGGUCAUGAUGCUUAUGAAUCAAGAGCCAUUAUGAAAAGUUACAAAGUAACAGGUGUAGAUCCAGCGAAUCCUGAGAAAUUUUUGGCUUACAUGGUCCCUUCACCUAAUGAGCUAUCAAAAGAUCCCUACGAUGAAUCUGAAGAUGUUUCGUAUUCUUGGGUUCGUGAGUAUCAUUACGAUGUAAGAGGUGAUGAUGUGCAUGAUCCCACUACGUACCUAGUUUCAUUUGAUGAUGAUGAAGCACGCUAUGCGCCCCUUCCCACAAAGCUUGUUUUAAGAAAAAAGAGGUCCAAAGAGGGAAAAACCAGUGAUGAGGUUGAGCAUUUUCCCGCACCUGCGAGAGUGACCGUUAGGCGGAGAUCAACUGUUGCUUCAAUCGAACUAAAGGAUGCAGGGGAUUAUUCUAGGGGAUCUAUAUCAAAAUUGAAAACAAGAGGCUAUGAUGUUGAAGAUACCCUUGAAAGACCACAAAAGAUUGCACGGCACCAAGAUAUGGACGAAUAUAGUGGUGGCGACGAUGAUUUAUCGGAUUAAUUUCUCCGUUGAUGUAAAUGUCGCUGGCUGUCGUGAAGGCUAGCCACUUAUUUGGGAUCUGCCCAUAUUGUAAUCAGAUGUCGAUGCAAAGGCGAGCUCAAACUCAUUUGACCGCUUGUUUUUGGGACGUCCAUUCAAGCUUCAAGUCGACAUGUAUCGUUAGCCAGAACACAUUUUUCCUUAGAUACCAUGAAAUGGUAAGACGAAAAAGAAACCUUGUAAAGAAGUUAGAUGUGUUUUAGAACGUUUCGAUUCGAGUAUAGUCCUCUCGAGUUUAUCCAGAAACGAAUAGGUUCUCCCGGCAGUUCUAACUCAUGACUAUUUUACUUGAUUAGGCUGUGUGGUAUUACAGUUAAUAUUGUUCAGAUUUUCCUGCGAAAUUCAGCAAUAAAUUGUGUGCCUGCUUGUUCUAUUGAAUAUUGAUUUUGUUAUGAAUAUAUUACAUUCUUUA